UGUGUGUGUGUGUGUGUGUGUGUGUGUGUGUGUCUUAUAUGUGUGUGUGUGUGUGUGUGUGUGUGUGUGUGUGUGUCUUAUAUUGUUGUGUGUAAUCCUUUUUUCUGAGCAGAAAAGGGUCAAAACCACAAAUUAACUUUCUUCUCAUUAAUUUAACCAGGAUUAGCAGCCAAUCACACACACACACACACACACACACACACACACACACACACACACACACACACACACUCAGACACACAUUCAUGUGUGUGUGUGUGUGUUCGGGGUUAAUGGUGUUGAUGUUGAGUUUUAAUUGCUUUCCAUUCAGAGGAAAUCCAUUAGAUAACCCCCCCAUCAGUAUGUCUGACCUCAGAACAGCAACAGUCACAAACACACAUCAAUACCUGAUCAAUACCUGAUCAAUACCCGCCCUCCCAUGUCUUAAUCUAUGGCAUUAUUUAUUUAUUUUAGUUUCGCUCUGAUAAACAAACUCACAGUCUUUGGAGACCAGGACUUGAAAGAACGUGGAGAUUUAAGGUUCAGAGGAGACGUGAGAGCCGGCCAAUCAGAGGGAAGAGCCAAUCAGAAGGAAGAGCCAAUCAGAGGGAAGAGCCAAUCACAGGGAAGAGCCAAUCACAGGGAAGAGCCAAUCAGAGGGAAGAGCCAAUCAGAGGGAAGAGCCAAUCAGAAGAAAGAGCCAAUCAGAGGGAAGAGCCAAUCCAGUUCCUUCCUGUCUAGACUCAGCUCUAAAUCCAAGAUGGCGUCGUCUGUAUGAAGAGAGUCUGGCGGCGCUCUGAAGGAGGUUCUGGAUGUGUUCAGUGAAAACCAGAACUGGAUUCUUUAUGGAUCAUGAAAGUUCUGAUGUGGACCGACCCGUUCUGACUAGUGUUGCUGCGUUGACGUAAAUCAUGACGAAAUAUCGUCGUCAACAAACCUUUAUGACGUAAAUGAGAUGAAACCUAAACGGUGGUCAUGUGACGAUAACUCUGAGUAAAUCUAUAAUCAAUAAUGUUGACGUAUAAAAACGAGACUUCAUGAGGUUCACAGGAUAAAAACCAGUGUCCUCCAUCUAUACUGACAGACUCUGAUCUGGGUCUGGUUCUGGUUCUGGUCCACUCACACCUCAGACAGACUCUGAACUGCAGUACUGCGGCUGACCACAGGGCUGAGGGGGCGCUGUGCUCAGGUCUGAAUCAGACAUCCGUGAUCUUAGCGUGUUGGAGAGUAAAAACACAAAACAUGUUUCAUUCUUCAUCCGUCUCUUCUUCAUAAACCACCAUUAGAUUAACCUGAGAGCUGUGUGUGUGUGUGUGCAUGUGCACGUGUGUGUGCGCACACAGGCUGAUAUGAGAAAGGCGGGAUGAUAAUCGCUCACUUGUCAUCAUGACAUCAGACAUGGAUCAUAUUUAGAGCCGAGAAACUCAAUAACACACACACACACACACACACACACACACACACACACACACACACACACACACACACACACACACACACACACACACACACACACACACACGGCCUCUCUCUCUUUUCUCUCCAUCAUUUUUAUCUCAUUUACUUUAUUUGUUUUUUUUCGUUCUCAGAUUUUUCCUCCUUCCUUUCCUCCUUCCUUUCAUCCUGUCCUUCUUCUUUCCUUCCCUCCUUCCUUUCUUCUUUCCUUUCUUCUUUUCUUUCCUCUUUCCUUUCUUCUUUCUUUCUUCGAUCCUUUCUUCCGUCCUGCCUUCUAACCUUUCCUUCUCCCUUUCUUCUGUCCUUUCCUCUUUCCUUUCCUUGACUCUUCACUCUCUCUCUUUCUUUC